CGGGAUCUGGGAAGUGACUCAAUAUGGCAGUCGUUGUUUGAAAACAUUCUAAUAUUACAUGACUUUCUUGUGCAAAGGAUUGAGUAAUAAGCUGUAUUAAUAUAAUGAAAAACAUGGAUUUAUUUCGAAGUUUAUCAUUUAUUUUAUUUUUAUCAGUUAUUAAUUAUCAAGGUAGUAUUGCUGGAACAGUCUCAACAGCAGGCUCUCUCACAGCCACCAUUGGAGGUUCUGUUGACUUCACUUGUACAUAUACACUAGAAUCUGGUGAUACAGUCUAUCCAGGCUUAAUUUCUUGGCAAGCUAAAACAGGACAAGGAGAUGAUGGGUUUUCAAAUAUAGCCACUUUUUCUCCUCCUGGACAAGGUUCCAAUUCCUUUGCAAACCCUGAUUAUAAGAAUCGAUCUGAACUAUUCAAUGUUACAGCUAGUGGAGCUAAUUCUUAUGAUGCUGUGAUGAGAUUAAAUGAAGUGAUGUGCUUAGAUGAGAAGCACUACAGAUGCCAGGUCUUUUUUGCUACUGCUGCAGGUCCAUCAUCUAAGACAAAAGAAACAUCUCUCACAGUUAGGGCUCCUGCUGAGCAGCCCUAUGACAUUCCAGUUCCUGUACCAGACAAUAUAGAAGAGAACAUAGAAGUAACAUUUUCCUGUACAGCCAACGUUGGGAAGCCACCAGGACAAAUCAAAUGGUGGCGCUACAGGAAAGGAAUAACUGCACCACAAGAAAUGUCUACAGGGGUAUCUGCCAACACCCCACAAGUUCAGGAAGCUGUUUGCAUAUACAAUGUGACCAGCACGAUAACAUACACUAUGACUAAAGACGAUGACCAAUCAGUGUGGAGAUGUUUUGUGGACAAUGAACUGUUGACAAUGCCAGACCGAGAUAAACCCAACCAAGAGUCUAAGAGGGUUAAUGUAUUUUUUAAAGUCAAUGUACCCAGAAUAACAAAGGUACCAGACACUGGAGAUAGCUCUCAGUAUUCUGUUGGUUCCUCUGUGACCUUGAUCUGUGAAGCUGAGGGUAAUCCAACUCCCGGGAUCCACACAAAUACGGCUGUUAACAGGUAUCUGUGGACAUUCAGGGCCAGCCCCAAUGACAACACCACAGAAUUAACAUCUAAUAAUGGGACACUGACUCUGACAAAUCUUCAGGAAACUGAUACUGGAACAUAUAUGUGCACUGCAUUUAAUGGAUUCAAUGGGAAAUUCUUUAAUGCAUCUAAAGACUUAAGUUUACAGAUUGUAAAAACCACAACUACCACUACCCCCACCACUACACCUCUUGCCUCUCCUACAGGAUCAACUGGAAGACCCACCCCAGCAACACAGGGAAAAGACGAUGGAGGACUAGGAGCUGGACCAAUAGCUGGUAUCGUCAUUGGUGUCAUCAUUGUUCUUAUCAUCAUUUUUCUGGCUGUAUGGUGCAUCUGCAAAAGACGACAGUCAAAGGAAGACUCUAUUGAUGAACCUCCAGAGAAACCAAUUAGAAACAACCAAGACUUAACAUUUGUGAACAGACCAGAUAUUGUUAACAAUGACAAAAAUUCACCAUUUUAUGCGCAAGAAAAGAAACAGUACAACAAUGACUUACAGUAUGCUGACCUUACGUUUGAUGACAAGCCGAGAAGUCGAAAACCAAUCCAGAUAUAUGACACGAAUGGUCUUAACAGUAAUCCAUAUUCUGACACAGUAAUGAUGCCGAGUGUUUGAAAUCUCUAAAAGUUUAUCUCAGUGCGAUCUGUAUGACAGUAGUGUUAUUGAAAAUUGCUGGAACAUUGUAAUUAGAAUAUCAAAAGUUGAUGAACUGUUCACUGUAGAAUAAGGGUACACCAUACAGUAAGUCUUCUUGAUAUUCAGGAGAAAUCCAAAAAUCCAUGCUCAUAUGUAGUUAGUAUUAAAUUGAUAAAUGGUGAUACAAUAUUUUGGACUUAGUUCACAGUAGUUAUAUCAAAACAAAAAAUUUUUAUCUGGAAAAGAAUUUUACAAGCCAAUUAAAUUUCAGUGAACAUGAACUUCAUGUCAGAGAGUCAGAGAAAUGAUUUUUCUGUUUCAAUUGAAUCCUGUGACAUUUAUGCCAAAGUUCUUCAGUGUAAAGGGUUUAUAUUGGUCUAGACCAAGCAUGAGUGCUAUUCUUGAGUUUGUGUAUCUGUUUUGUUUGUGUCAAUCAUUUGUGUACAUAUGUCAGUCAUUUGAUAUUAUUCUGUGAUAGAAUCACAGCCAUUGUUUAUGUUGCAAUAAUUCCUUUUCUCUUGGUAUGACUGUAUGUCAGGUUUUGUGAGGCUUUGUAUAUCAAUGGUUGUGAGGAUGAUUUUCUUUUAAACUUUUGCCAACAUGCAUAUAUAAAAAAUUUGCAGAAAUUCCAUCCACAUGAAUAAUGGGAUCAAAUAUUUUUUUAAUUUUUUUUUUUAUAUUUUUGAAAUCAUUCCAUAUUUUUAGUGAGCAAUUUCAAGAAGUUUGAUAAAAUUUCAAAUCCAGUCUUUUUGCACCUUUUUGAUUGAGAUCUGACAUUGAGAGGUAGUGUGAGAUACUGAGUUCUCCCGUACAGAAGGUUUGAAAGCAAUUUGACAUUGAGGUAUAGUGUGUCUCCCACGAAAGGUUGUAUGUAGAUAAUACGUAUUGUUUUAUAUUUUAGAUCAAAAUUAUAAAGAUUUUAUUUAUAUUCAAAUAAGUUGAAGCUCUCCAUUACAAGGACAAAUUAAUCAGUCUUUUAAUUGUAAGAUAGCUGUAUAUAAAGUGUUUUUCUCUGUAAAUCCAAACUGUCAUGUUGAUAUUCUGUUUUCUGUCAUCAGACCACUAAGUGGCCUGUUUUUUGUUUCCAUCAUUGAGCAGAUUCUAAUAAGAAAUCAUGAUUGACAAUGUUUAUCAGUAUAUCUGUAUGUUUUUUUCUCUCUGAAAGAAUGUUGAUAUAAUCAUGCACUAAAUAGGUUUGAAAAUAAUUGACUUGUAUUCUUUGAAUUACUUUUACUAAUUACAAAAAGUCACUGCGUGAUAAUCAAGUGAACAUUAUAGAAAAAUAUUAAGAGGACACACAAUAAUUGUUUUGUAACAAAAUUAACAUUUUCACUUUUCAAUGUUCUUACAUGUAACGAGUAUGAUGUAUGUUUAUUUAAGGCUUUUCCCUUAGAAUUAGCUAUUCUAUGCACAAUAUACUGCAAAGAAAAUGAAAUUGUAUCAUUAUUUGAAAACCAUUAUAUUUAUAAUCAUUUAAAUAUAUUGUACAGCUGACAUGUAAAAUAUUUUCUUCAUUAAAAUCGAGAAACACUGAAA